AUGGGCAAUUUCUUCAAACCUUGUUCAACGGAUUUCCAUUACGCGGAGAGAACGAGAGCUUGCGUGAAGAAGGCACUUGACACAAUUUGCCCAGAUGAUGUCUACACUCGACCAUAUGCCACCUUCCUUUGCUACUACCACGAGUAUGGAAACAUCGUUAACAAAGCCCAAUUCAUCCCUAAAACAGUACUGGAAGCCUGGCAAAUUCUGGUGUUCAUUGAAAGUAUACAGAACCUUCCAAAGGCAGUAAUCGUGAAGUACAGUGAAGGCUGCAUCUUGAACGAACCUCACUUUCCACAUUCGCUGUUAGUCUGGGCUGUUCGUGGUGGUUACUACACGAUUGAUGGAGGCAUUCAGUUUGGCAGACUCUACACGCAGUAUGGCAUUCCUGAGCUACUUAGCGCAGAAACUAGCCAGUGCGCUGCUGAUGUUGCUCGAACGUACUGCAAUUCCGACUACGUUACGAUCGUUUACUACACUUUCAUCAAUUGCAUUCACCCGUACCUGCCAUUGGAGAAGUUCGUGCAAGCUUCCGCACAGAAACAGAUCGCGUGUAGCCAGUCAAGUCCGGCGGCCAAUUCGGCGGCUAGUUCGGUGGCUAUUUUGCCGUACAAAUAG